CUGAUCUGAGACCUGUGAGCUCUGUACUCUCUGUGCUCAUCCAGCAGAGCUCCUGCUACCAAAUAUGGACAGCCGGCAUCGAUGUUUGUGCUGACGCUGCGGUCGGACGAAAGGGAUCGGAAAUAUUCGGCUGGAGAAAUAUAUUUGAUUUCAGUUUUGAAGAUGGGAUUAUACGGAAGCAAUCAGAGGGGAACUGCUGGUUUGGUCGGCUUAAAAAACUCAGUGUGAAAAGGCUUCAAACAGGCCAGCAGAGACAACAUGGCAAAAGUCUGCAGUGAAAAGUCCAUUUUAGCCACGCAGCAGUUAUCCACCAACACACAUGAUGAGGAGCUGGCUGUCAUUGAAAAUGGAGACAGCAGGGCUCACUCCCUUUGUGAAGACAACGCCGAGGGAGCGCUGUCUUCGGAGUCCCACAGAGACUCCUUUACAGGUGCUGGGGCAAUGGCCAGGCUCUCUUACUUCUUCUUCAUGCUGUGGAACUGGGCGUCUCACAGAGUGAACCCUGAAGUGGAGAGACAUGACUCUUUCCUUGAGCGCUUCAGAGGCCCUGAGCUCAAAGACAUCUCCAGUCGAGAGAGCAAUGCCCAGUCUGUGGGCUACAACGACACAAUCCGUAAGAGAAAUCUUGCCAGUAAGUGGCCGCUAGCUACUUACAACAUGAAUAACUGCAACAACACAGACGACAAAAAAGAGGAGAAAAAAGAGGAGAUUAAAAAAGAUGAGAAAAAGGAGGAGGAGAAAAAAGACGAGAAGAAAGACGGGGACAAGAAGGAAGAGGAAAAGAAGGAUGAGAAGAAAGAUGAGAAAAAGGAUGAGAAGAAAGACGAGAAGAAAGAUGAUAAGAAGGAUGAUAAAAAAGAUGAUAAAAAGAAAGAGGAGCCACCGAAAGAAAUCUGGAUUAUGGAUCCUGCUGCAGACCAGUACUACAAAUGGCUGACCGUCAUCGCAGGCCCAGUAUUUUAUAACCUGAUAAUGAUUGUGACAAGAGCCUGUUUUAACGAACUCCAGGACUCGUAUACAAACCUCUGGAUAGUCUUGGACUACACCUCAGACUUAGUCUACUUAGGAGACACAUUUGUCAGAUCAAGAACAGGUUACCUGGAACAAGGCCUGCUGGUAAAAGAUGCCAAGAAACUGAGAAGUAAAUACAGAACAACAUCUCAGUUCAAAUACGAUAUGAUCUCAAUGAUACCCACUGAUCUUCUGUUUCUGAAAUUUGGAUAUAACAACCCAGAAUUCAGAUUCAACCGUCUUUGCAAAAUCUCUAGGCUUUUCGAGUUCUUUGAGCGGACUGAAACCAGAACCAGCUUUCCAAACAUGUUUCGUAUUAGCAAUCUCGUACUUUAUAUCCUCAUUAUUAUCCACUGGAAUGCUUGUAUGUUCUUUGCCAUAUCGAAAACCAUAGGUUUUGGAUCUGACACGUGGGUAUAUCCCAAUAUCAGCCACCCUGAGCACGGCCGCUUGGCCAGAAAGUACAUCUACUCCCUGUAUUGGUCCACACUGACCCUCACCACUAUUGGAGAGACGCCUCCACCAGUUAGGGAUGUUGAAUACCUCUUUGUCAUUUCUGACUUCCUCACUGGUGUGCUGAUCUUCGCUAGUAUCGUCGGUAACGUUGGUGCCAUGAUCUCCAACAUGAACGCCUCUCGAGCUGAUUUCCAGGCGAAGAUCGACUCCAUCAAGCAGUACAUGCAGUUCCGAAAGGUCACCAAAGACCUGGAGGCCAGGGUCAUCAAGUGGUUUGACUACUUGUGGACCGAAAAGAAAACCUGCGAUGAGAAGGAAGUUUUGAAGAACCUCCCAGACAAGCUAAAGGCUGAGAUUGCCAUCAACGUCCAUUUGGAUACGCUGAAAAAAGUGCGUAUCUUCCAAGAUUGUGAAGCCGGUCUGCUGAUUGAAUUGGUGCUCAAGCUGCAGCCACAAGUGUUCAGUCCUGGAGAUUACAUCUGUAAGAAGGGGGAUAUUGGUAGGGAGAUGUACAUCAUCAAGGAGGGGAAGCUAGCUGUGGUUGCUGAUGAUGGGGUCACUCAGUUUGUAGUGCUCAGCGAUGGCGCAUACUUUGGGGAAAUCAGCAUCUUGGGUAUCAAGGGUAGUAAAGCAGGCAACAGGAGAACAGCCAACAUCAGAAGCGUAGGCUACUCUGAUCUCUUUGCCCUGUCCAAGGACGACUUGAUGGAAGCUCUCACUGAGUAUCCAGAUGCUAAAAAAGCUCUGGAGGAGAAGGGGAAAGCCAUUCUGAUGAAAGACAACCUGAUUGAUGAGGCGGUAGCCAACGCUGGCGCCGACCCCAAAGACCUGGAGGAGAAGAUUGUCCAACUGCAGAGCAACCUGGACGUCAUGCAGACCAAAUUCGCUCAGCUGAUGGCUCAGUUAACCUCCAGCCAGACAAGAAUGAAGCAGAGGGUCACUGAGAUGGAGGCCAAAGUGAAAUCCAUUCGACCGGAGGACCUGGCAGAAGUGGUGGCCGACAAAGACAAAAAAGUGCAGUAAUCUGAGACACGUACCGGAGGACUUUACAGGAAAUGAAGGGAUUUUUCAGUAAAUGGUAGAGUGACACUUUUUAAGGUCCAUGUUUAUAUCUAUUUAUACAUCUGUGUUUAUUAUGAUCAUAAUGUGUCAAAUUGUGUACAGUGUAUGCAGCAAAGGAAUAUUUUUGGGUGUAUGCUAUGAUUGACAACCAAUUUCGUGGUCAUGGAACUGCUUGAGCAUGUUGGUCAGAAGCACUCGUGUAUGCAAACAAAUGGCUUUUCAUAGCCUUAGAAUAAUGAGGAAUGUUUUUUUUUCCUGAUAUUGAAAUUUUUUCCCCAGAAAAUAUAUUGAUCUGUAAAGUAUGAAGUACAAUUCAUACGUAAUAAUGCAACUGCAAUAUUCAUUUGAUACGAUAUGUGAAUGUACAAAAUAAACCCAAAUGCAGUUCUGUUUAUAAGUUACUAUCAGCAUACAUCAGUUGUUAAAUUGCAAUGUUAUAUGUAAAUAAACAUUAAAAUGUUCAUAUAACAUA